UAAUUCCGAAUUAUUAGCUAGAGUAUGGGGUUGGAGAAUCGCGUAGGGCUGGCCGGAAUGUUCCUUCGGGGUUCGAGUGCUACUCUCAUCCUAUUGGGUACGGAAUCUCGAUCAAACGUUGAUCAUUCUCAUAAAUAUACUUUCUCCUCGCCGAGCAAAUAUGGAGCCUUGUGAAUUGUUUUACAUCAUUUUAGGGCCUUCGAUCGUUAACGGUGAUAUGAUGAUAUCUCAGUGGUAUUGGGCGCAUCACUAUGACGUGAUAGGAGCACCUCCGCCUCCAGUUGAGAGGAGGCAUAUAUAUCGAUUGAUAGAAAUGGCAUUUUGAUCCAAUUCAUCGAGUUUUUCUUUUCCAUAUGUUCAAUAAUAAAUUGUUCAUAUUAAACAAUAACCAUGUCGACUGGAGGUACGGGCGGAAACCCAAUUCGAGGCCUCAACUAUGGGGCUAAGAGUGCGCAACACAAUAUCGAUCCAUCGGAUGACCCCGACCCUAAAGGAACCGCAGCCGGAUACAUUCCCGAUCAAAAUCAGGACAAAUCUUUUCUUGGUUCUCUCAAAGAAGCCCUGAAACCAGGAGAUGCUAAGAGACAGCAACAAGGCUCAGGUCACCUGGGUGACUUCACACAUGACGGAAGACAUGGAGGUGUUGAAGAGACAAUGAUGAGAGGACAUCGAGACUACGACGAGUCUCAAGAGGGCCUACAAAGUCAUCGUGAUGGGAUGAAAACAGGCGGUUUUCUUGAAUCUAUGAUGCCAGGUCGCAAGAACCACGAUAACAAAGAGAGCAGCAUUCUUGGUGCAAUGAAGUCUGCCACUGACAAUGCACCUGAUGUUCCUGGUGCAUUAAAAAGGGGUACUGGAGGAGGAGAUCCCGGUAGUAUCGGACAACGAGCGAGUAGUGAUGACUCCGGCCUGAAGAAUAGUGGUGGUAUUACAGGAAAUACGGCGCGAAACUCCAAAUUCGAUCAACUCCCUGCAACUGAGAACUAUCUCGGUCCUCGAUCCGGCGAGGAUGAGAAUUCAGCCACGAGAGUUUCGGCGUUUGAUUCUCAGGGGUCAGUUGGGCACGAGUUCUCGUCUGAAGGAGCUAUUGGCAGCACGGCUCAUAAAGUAGGAGGGCCAUUCUCGAAGGAGGGCUUGGUAGGACGUCAAUUCACCGAUAAAGGGUCGGUAGGUGGGACGGUUCAGGAUACGAUCGGACAUGGUGACGCCACAAGGAAAGGAGCUUGAUUUCGAUCGCAAGCUAGGCUUCGUAUAUGAAAACAGUGUAACCAUAUUAAUAAAUAUCAGUACAACGAUGAAAUGGCAUCCGAUCGUGUGAUUGCAGAGUUCGUCCAUCGAAGAAUUGUAUACCUGGAUGAUCGAGCGCGGGGAAGAUUUAUUAACGUAUUUAUACAUGCUAGCGAGCAAGUACCCGGAUAGGUUCCCGGC